AUGGGUCACUACUGCUCUCUUUUGUUGGUGCUUCUUUUUCUAUGUGUUGCUUCCUCUAAUUCCAUUUCAACCAAAGUUAUUGAAGUAGAUAUCAUAUGCAAAGGAGCCUCUAAUCCUUCUUAUUGUUCUAAUCUUCUCAACUCUAAGCCUGGAGGAGCAAAAGGUGUAAGUCUUGUUGACCUUGCACAAUACACUAUUGAUGUUCUUAAUGGCAAUUGGGUAAAUAGUACAAGUUCUAGACUUUUGGUUGUUGAAAAAGAUUUGAAACUUGGACAGUAUCUGGACAUGGCUAAAGCUAUUUCAGAAAUUAUGCAAUAUACUCUUCAUUGUAGGGAUAGUCUUCAUAAAAGUGACAUUGAUCCUUUACUCCUACAAUAUGUUGAUGUUUUCCGCCAAGGGGUUGAAGUUCUCGAAGUUUUAUCAAAAAAUUUAAGUCUUGGAUAA